AUGAGGCUAAAAUUCACUUGGUGGUGGAAAAUUAUCAAACAAUAUUUGCAAAAUUCUAGUAUACAUGGUAUUAAAUAUCUUGUGGACGAUCAGCUUUCGUACGCAGAAAGAUUGUUUUGGUUGCUUUUUUGUGCAUUAUCUUGGUACGGUUGUGCAAAUAUGAUUAAUAACGUGGUGCAGAGUUAUAUUGAGUAUCGUGUUGCUUUAACCACCGACACAACGUAUCUCGAUUGGGAGGCACCAUUUCCUACAAUUAUUUUUUGCAUUACCUCCAAUUCGGCGAUCGGAAAAUAUUUCAAAAGGAAUCCGGGAUUGUUCACAAAUUUCACCAACGCUAAGUUUCUUCAGUCAUCCUCGGAAGAUCUCCUGUCUCUAUACGAAAAGAUGCGCGUUCCUUGCACUGAUUUGUUGACGGAAUGCACGUGGAACGAGAUGAAGUUCAAUUGCUGCGCUGAAUUCCAGGAAUUGAAGAAAACUGGUGUCGGUUAUUGUAUCGCUAUGAACACGUUCCAUUUAAAGAACAAACAAGGCGAGCCUAACGUGCGUUUCUUCGUGAAUCGCACCGUACAAUACGGCGAUCUGAUCAUUGAUCUUCACUUGGAUACAAAAAUAAAGAAAUAUCUUUUCGCUGGAUUUACAGUGCACAUCAUGAACAAUCUUCAGCUACCGAUUUUCAGUAACGUGGAAAAGGACGACACACGUAUAAAAGCUGGUAGAACGACGCGAGUCGAGUUUACAAUGGAGGACACGUUUAACGAGGAUCGCGUGAAACAUGUCGCGAUCAAAUAUAGGAACUGCUAUUUUUACUACGAAGCGCAAAGGAACGAUUUAUUUGACAUUUACAGUAUUGACUCAUGCUAUCUCCAAGUAAUUAUCGAGCAGAUGAUAAAGUUAUGCGGCUGUGUGCAUUUUUAUUAUUUCGUACCACGAGGGGCGAGAGUUUGCAAUGCCACCGAGACACUGUGCAUAAUUGCCAGUAAGACGAAUAUCACGUCGCAGGCGCUCAAAGAUGAAUACUGCUUUCCGAAUUGCGAGGGAACUGGCGUGAUCGCAAACCGAUUGGAGCCUUCUGAGUAUGAUGCUCCUAAUAGCACAUACGCUCGACUUCAUUUUACUUUGCUUUCACAUCCAACGAUGAGGUACCGUCGAUACGUGGCGAAUGAUCUGUUGGACGUUGUAGUUUCAAUAGGAAGCGCAGUUGGACUUUUUAUGGGUGCCAGUAUCUUAAGCAUCUUCGAGAUACCUUAUUGGUUGUUCAUUCGUCGAGAUAAAAUAGUGUGA